CCGGGAGUGUACGUAGUUCAUUCUACUCGGGCAUCUGAAACAAAUCGGAAGUCGGUCGAGCCAAAAACAUUCACAAUUAUUUGAUUUGUCGGGCUAAUUGAAAAGUUUCAGUGAGCAUGGACGGCUUCUAUAACAACAACGGCUGCGGCUUCAAUAACAGCGGCUACUCGCAGUGCCCGAAAAGCGGGUCCUGUUGCAAUUGCCCCGGUGGCAACUGCCCCCGAAUGGAGGCGGGUGGCAACGAUAGUCACGGCAGGAGCCAGCAGGGUUGUCCUGGCGGCAACUGUUGUCCCGGCGGUCGCUGUCCGGCCGGAAAGUCGCGCUUCAAUCCUUACAUGCGGAACGGUGGAUGCUAGCACAAAAGAGCUUGCGCUUCCCUGCCCGACAAACCAGAUGCAUCGCUUGGCCCACUUAGAAAAAACACCUUCUUGUACAAUGAUUUGAUAAGUCGGAGUGGACCAUAACCCAGGAUGAAAUGGUGCUUUCAUUCAAAUCUGGCAAUCCAGACACGGUUUCACCUGCAUAAUAUCAUAUUGUACAGUUUCUCAGCCCAAGGGAUCCGACCAAAUUCCAUGUAAACGAACAUACAUAUAUUGCUCAUAAAGAGACCUGGUCGAUGCCGAUUA